AUGUCUUCUGGCCCCUCCAAUAGGAGAGGAUGCCGCCGAGAGGCAUUGGGUGGUGCUCUGCUUCUCGCCGGCGUCGGCGUGGCAUUGGGUCUGGGAUGGUCCACGUCGCCCGCCCGCCCGCCAGCCACCCGAGCCAGCCAACUCCCUCCCGGCGGACAGCGGUGCCCCGCGAAUCCAAAUUCCAAUCCAACCCACCCUGCCCGCCUCAUGCCGCCUCUUCCCCUUCCCACCGCUCCGCUGCCCCCUGCUUCUUGCCAUGGCCGCCGCCUCGCCCUCAAGCCGCUCCGGUGCCGCCGCGGCCUCCUGCGCGUCAGGGCGUCGUCGGAGACCCAGCCGCCGCCACCGCCCUCCAGAACACAGACGAUCAUGGACAAGAUCUCCUCCGCUGGCGACGAGGUCGGCGGCGCCGGCGGGGCGUACUCCUACGACGCGCUGAAGAGGUUGGACCAAAUCUGCUCCAGCAUAUGCUCAGCCCCCCAAGAAGCCUCUUCCUCCAAGGCCCCUCCCCAGAUCGUCACCCGCGUCCAGGGCCCAGCGCGGGCGGCGGCCGAUCUCGGCGCCGAGACCUUCGACGUGCUGGUGUGCGGCGGCACGCUGGGCAUCUUCAUAGCCACGGCGCUCAGCUACAGGGGCCUCCGGGUGGGCAUCGUCGAGAGGAACGCCGUCAAAGGGAGGGAGCAGGAGUGGAACAUCUCGCGCAAGGAGCUCAUGGAGAUCGUGCAGGUCGGCAUCCUCUCGGAGGCCGAGGCCGAGCAGGUCGUCACCAGCGACUUCAACCCCAACCGGUGCGGGUUCGAGGGUAAAGGCGAGAUUUGGGUGGAGGACAUCCUCCACCUCGGGAUUUCGCCGGCGAAGCUCGUCGAGAUCAUGAAAGCGCGCUUCAUUUCUUCAGGCGGGGAAAUCUUUGAGGGGAAGAGUGUGUCUAGCAUUUCAGUUCAUGAUGAUCUUGCGGUGCUGAAACUGAGCGACGGUGAUCGUCUGCGUUGCCGGCUCGUCGUCGACGCCAUGGGCAACUUCUCCCCGAUCGUGCGGCAGAUCCGCUCCGGCAGGAGGCCGGAUGGACUGUGCCUUGUUGUCGGUGCCUGUGCUCGUGGGUUUGAGAAGAACACAACCAGCGAUGUCAUCUUCAGUAGCUCGUCAGUGAAGAGUGUUGGUGGAGAUUCAGGACGAGGAGUGCAGCUGUUUUGGGAGGCAUUUCCUGCCGGUUCCGGCCCGACUGAUCGUACCACAUACAUGUUCACAUAUGUUGAUCCACAGUUUGGGAGCCCAAAGCUGGAGGAACUCUUGGAGAUGUUCUGGGAUCUCAUGCCUGGUUACCAAGAUACAGUUCUUGAGAAUUUGGACAUAAGGAGAGUCAUAUAUGGGAUCUUCCCAACUUACCGGGACAGCCCGUUGCCGGCCGCGUUCGACCGGAUCUUACAGGUCGGCGACGCCAGUGGCAUCCAGUCACCUGUUUCCUUCGGAGGGUUUGGAAGCCUGACAAGGCAUCUCGGUCGUCUGUCGAACGGCGUGUACGAAGCGGUUUCAGGAGAUUUUCUGGAUGCACAAAGUUUGAAGCUGUUAAACCCUUACAUGCCAAAUCUAAGCGCAUCAUGGCUGUUCCAGAGAGCAAUGUCGACGAGGCCGGGGUCUGACAUUUCGCCGACUUUUAUCAACGAGCUUCUCUUUGCCAAUUUCCAGUCGAUGCAGAAGCUCGGUGACUCGGUGCUCCGCCCAUUUCUCCAGGAUGUGAUACAGUUUGGACCCCUGGUGAAAACGCUGGGCCUGGUCAUGAUCAGCCGGCCGCAGAUCUUGCCUGAAAUAUUCAAGCAGGUUGGAGUUGGAGUCAUCCUCAACUGGUCAGGCCACUUUGUGAUGCUUGGUUACUACACCUUCCUUUCGAGCUUUGUCGGUCCGGCUGUUACGCCAUGGGUGAAAUCUUUGGCGCCGAGGGACAGGUAUCAAUGGGAUCGUUAUCUUGAAGCGUGGGAAUAUGGGGCUGGGUUAGACUAUGGUCAAGAGGAAUGAAGCUCCGUUAAAUAGGAAUACUACACUUCAUCGGCAAAAACAAAAACAGGGGAAUUUGCUUGCUGAUUGCGACAUUGAUCAACUCUGAUAUUACAAAGCUCCCUUUAAGAGAUAGAUACACUUGCUGGGUUGAAGAAUUGACUGAGGUGCUGCAAUAACAAUAAUCAAGUUUGUAUGUGCCGUUCUGUAUUGGGUUCAAGCUGGUUGCAUUUUCGAAAGCUCUGUCUGAAGCCGACGGUGCAGCGAGGACUACUGGAAUUCUGAAUCUCAGAAGCUGUGUCUGAAACAAAUUAUGCAGCGAGGACUACUGGAAUUCUGAAGCUCCGCUGCAUUGUGAACUUCAGACUGAAGCUGGGAGGAUCCACGUUUUAACUGAUGCUCCUGAUCACUGACGGCGCUUUUUGUCUUACUUUUGUGUUUAUAGAGUUUAUAUGCUGGAAAAUGCUACUGUUGGCAUUUUCUUCAGGAAACUUAUAUCUGAUGAAUAUAUACUUACUACACUCCCUCGGCAAGAAAAAAAUAAUCUUUUAAAGUGUUUUGAAUAUAUGAAAGAAAAAAUCUCCAGCUUUUUUUUUUUCUCACAUCUGCUCUUCCUCUCGUGCUGCUUGUUGUAGUUUUAGCGAUGGCACAAGGAGCGAAAAGAGAGAGAUAACCGUCAACCGCGUCUCUCAGAGAGGAAAGAAACCGCACUCCGGUCCACAUGGAGUCCAUGGACAUGGGGCGAUGGAUAUAAUGUGAAGCAAGAGUUGGAGUAUGCGCUGUUGAACCAUCCUCAUCACCGUCACACUCCCUGCGUAGGAGGAUUUGGUGUGUUUUUUCAUGCUUUUAUUUAUAGAUAUUUUGAAUCGAAAUAUGUCUAAAAUUGCGGGAUUAUAUGACGAACCAUAUUCACCGUUGUGUCUCUUGCAUCGAGAUCUUCGAAACUUGCAUCGACAUCUUCGAAACUCGAUUCCCUAUUAACAGGUUUCGACAAAACAAAUCUGCCAUAAUCUGUGCUUCCUACUGUAAUGUACUGCAUUUGUGCUCCCAAUUGUAGUGCACCUGUGCACUUCACUUGUGCCUCUGUGGAGUUCACUUUGUGUUUCCUUCUCA